AUGGUAAAGUUACAGGUGUGUCGUCUGCAAGACUUAGUACGAAAAAGUGAACAAGGCCUCGGUACUGCAGAAGGACAUAUCUCCAGUCUUCAGGAAGCUCAGGAAAUACUCCAGAAAGAACUAGAAUUAACUAGAGCAAGACUGCGAGAGACCACAGAUUCAUUGUAUAGUGUUGAGGGGGAACUAGAUCAGGAGAGACAACAGCACGAGGCAAUGAUUGCGGCCAUGAGAGAAGAGGAGAAGUUCAAAGUUGACAGAAUGGCUCGUGACUUGGAAAUAAAAUGGACAGAAAAUCUUCGGCAAGAAUGUAAUAAGCUUCGUGAAGAGCUGAGGCUUCAGCAUGAAGAGGAUAAGAAGGCAGCCAUGACUCAGCUGUUGCAGCUGAAAGAACGUGAAAAAAAUGCAGCAAGAGAUGGAUGGCAAAAAAAAGUUGAAGAUCUUUUAGACCAGAUCUCCUUACUGAAGCAGAACCUGGAGAUGCAGCUUUCCCAGUCCCAGAGCUCUUUGCAGCAGCUACAAGCCCAGUUCAGUCAGGAGCGACAGAGGCUGACUCAGGAGAUCCAAGAAUUAGAAGAGGAGCAUCAGCAAAGGCAUAAAUCGCUUCAGGAAGCCCAUAUCCUUGCCUUUCAAAACAUGGAAGAAACAAAAGAGCAAGAACAAAAGGAAUUAGAAGAACGUUUACAGCAGAAGCACUCAGAAGAACUUCAUGCACUGAAAGAAACACAUAAACAAGCCAUGGAAGGGUUCAAAUUGGAGAUGGAGCAGGAACUUCAGACACUACGAUUUGAGCUGGAGGAUGAAGGAAAAGCUAUGUUAGCUUCCUUGCGCUCAGAGCUAAAUCAUCAACACGCAGCAGCAAUUGACCAGCUGAGGCACAACCAUCAACAAGAAUUGGUAGCUGCCAAAAUGGAGCUUGAAAGAAGCAUAGAACUCGGCAGGCGACAGGAGAAAGAAUUUUUGUGCCGAAUAUCAGAUCUACAAGAUGAACUGAGGCACCGAGAUCAUCAUAUAGCUGAACUGGACAAAGAGAUUCUGCAUCUUCAUGAAAACAUAAGUGCAUUGACCAAGGAAUUAGAGUUUAAAGGGAAAGAAGUUCUUAGAAUACGCAGUGAAUCCAACCAACAGAUCAGGAUGCAUGAGCAAGAUUUAAGCAAGAAACAUGAGAAAGAGCUGGAUGUCUUGACAGCAGAUCACAUCAGAGAGAAACAAAGCAUGCUGGCAGAUUUUAAUAAGACCCAAGAGCUGCUCAAGGAAAUUAAUUCAGCUUUACAGAUUUCUUUAGAAGAAAUGGAAGAAAAAUAUAAAACCAGAGAAUCAAGACCAGAAGACUUGCAGCUUAUCUCAGAACUGAAAGACCUAAUUGCAGAGCGGGACCAACUCAUAAAGAAAUUGAUUGAGGACAAAAAGUUCUAUCAGCUGGAGCUAGUUAACAGGGAGACUAACUACAGCAAAAUGUUUAAUGCAAGCCCUAAUGUUGGUGUUAUUAAUCCAUUGGUGAAGCAAAAGAAGAAGAACGAUAAAUCAACAAACAGGUUUGUGAGUGUCCCCAAUCUAAGUGCUCUGGAGUCUAGCGGAGUGGUGGGCAAUGGACAUCCCAACCGCCUGGAGCCCAUUCCCAACUCACCCAUCCACGAUAUUGAGUUCAACAGCAGCAAGCCAGUGCCACCCAAAGAGCCCAAGACGUUUUUGAGCCCUCCUCAGAGUGACGCUUCGCCGGUGGCUUCACCAGACCCACAGCGCCAGGAGUGGCUCGCCCGGUACUUCACGUUCUGAGGGACGGUUCGUUGUUGUGGCACAGCGUGAUGUGGACUGUUCAUAAGAGCAUGACCUUAAUUAAACCCUCCUGUGAACGAGCUUUCCUGUAAUUUGUCAAACACUGUGAAUGAGAAAGUCUUUGUCUUUCUGAUUUGAAACUGCACUGUAUUUCAUGUUAUAUUUCUUGGAAUCACUUGACAUGGUACUAUAUAAUGUGUGUAAUUAUAACUAUUAUUUUUAUUUAAAAUGGAAGAAUCUUUAAACUUUGUAAUUACUACAUAAUAAAUUUUGGUAGAAC